UUUUUUUUGUUUUUUUUUUCCUCCCCUCCUCACUGGCUGGAGAACGUGGCUGCGCGCUGCAGCCAGAAGUGCGCACAGUGUUUGCGGAUUUCUCCUCGUGCAGUGGGGGACGCCGCUUUUCUAGAGCACCACUGGACACCGAAAAGGGGAUAAAAGGAGCCCAGAGGAACGGCUUUUGUUUGCACUUUACGGCACGGUUUUAUUUGUAAGGGGGGCUUUCUCGUCGCGUUAAAAAAAAAAAGCGCGUUUCGGAUGCACGGCUGGAUUUCCAGCAGUCUGCUCAGAUUCAGCACCACUCCGGCUGUGAACAGCUCCCGCGUGACGUUUGUGGAUGGGCUCCGUUUGUCUCCGGGUCUCGUGCAGCUCCUAACUACCGGCGACGAUGGCAUCACCAGGCUUCUGGUCACUCGGUGGGGAUAACACGGGGGCCAACACCGGGAGUCAGAGCCCCAGUACGCCCAGGGCUUGGUGCCAAGCGGCGGCCCAGAAAUUAUCAGGAGGAAUUGGAUCGAAAUUAUGUGCGCUGCUAAAUGUCGGGGAAGUGGAGAAAGCCGCGGAUCCGGCCGCCAAACAGCCGCCGCAGCCCACCGCCGGAACCUGCGGCUGCAACAAAUCCUGCAACUGCACCAAAGCUGAAGUGGGCUUCUCCGACCUCUAUUCAACAGACCUGUUACCCGCCAUGGACGGUGACACCAAAACAAUGACCUUCCUGCAGGAGGUUGUGGAUAUUUUAAUGGCCUACAUCGUGGAGUCUUUCGACCGGGAAACGAAAGUUAUCGAUUUUCAUUAUCCAAACGAGCUGCUCCAGCUCAACAACUGGGAGCUGCAGGACGAGCCGGCCACGCUGGAUGAUAUCUUGAUCAGCUGUCGCGCCACCCUCAAAUACGCCAUCAAAACAGCCCACCCCAGGUACUUCAAUCAGCUCUCCACAGGAUUAGACAUGGUCGGGCUGGCAGCCGAUUGGCUGACAUCCACCGCCAACACCAACAUGUUCACCUAUGAGGUGGCGCCCGUCUUUGUGCUGCUGGAGUACGUCACCCUGAAGAAAAUGAGGGAGAUCAUUGGCUGGCAGGACGGGCGAGGAGAUGGCAUUUUUUCACCUGGUGGUGCUAUUUCCAAUAUGUACGCCAUGUUGCUGGCCCGCUUCAAGAUGUUCCCUGAGGUGAAAGAGAAAGGCAUGUCAUCGGUUCCCAGACUGGUGGCCUUCACAUCAGAACACAGCCAUUUUUCAAUCAAAAAGGGAGCAGCAGCUCUUGGAAUCGGGACUGAAAGCGUGAUCUGCAUCAAGGCAGACGAAUGUGGGAAGAUGAUCCCAGCUGACCUUGAGAGGAGAAUACUGGAGGCGAAACAGAAGGGUUUUGUUCCUUUCUUUGUGAGCGCAACAGCCGGGACGACAGUGUACGGAGCCUUCGACCCUCUCAUCGCCAUCUCUGACGUCUGCAAGAAGUACAACGUCUGGAUGCACGUGGAUGGAGCGUGGGGAGGGAGCCUGCUCAUGUCCAGAAGACACAGGUGGAAGCUGGACGGAGUGGAAAGGCAAGACUGGGCCAACUCUGUGACAUGGAACCCGCACAAAAUGAUGUCCGUCCCCCUGCAGUGUUCGGCCCUGCUGGUCAGAGAGGAGGGUCUGAUGCAGAACUGCAACCAGAUGCACGCCUGCUACCUGUUCCAGCAGGACAAACACUACGACCUGUCCUACGACACCGGGGACAAAGCGCUGCAGUGUGGACGCCACGUGGACAUCUUCAAGCUGUGGCUCAUGUGGCGAGCGAAGGGCACCAUUGGUUUUGAAGCUCAGAUUGACAAGUGUCUGGAGCUGUCAGAGUACCUCUACAACAAGAUCAAAGACAGAGAAGGAUACGAGAUGGUCUUUGAUGGGAAGCCUCAGCACACCAACGUCUGCUUCUGGUACCUCCCCCCUGGGAUCCGCUACAUGGAGGACAAAGAGGAGAGAAAGAAACACUUGCACAAGGUGGCCCCAGUGAUAAAAGCCAGGAUGAUGGAGUACGGAACAACCAUGGUCGGCUACCAACCGCAGGGGGACAAGGUCAACUUCUUCCGCAUGGUGAUCUCAAAUCCAGCAGCUACCUUCGAGGACAUCGACUUUCUUAUCGAGGAGAUCGAGCGGCUCGGCCAUGAUCUAUAAGACUCACCUCUCCAGAUCCUCCUGUGCUUUUCCCCCUUGACGGAUGAAAUGUUUGUCGUGAAUGUACCGGUAAACAUUUGCUUUUUUUCUCUCUUUCCUGCAAAGUCACAUAUUUAAGAGUAUAUUUAAGAAAAAAAAAAGGUAUACCCAUAUAUUCAGUAUUGCAGCUUCGCCAUGGACCGACCUGGUCCACAGAUAUGUAAAAGUGCUUCUGUCCGCUUUUUCUUAUAGUGUAGUAGCUCCCAGAGUAGUGUAAGUGCUGUAACUUUAUAUGUAUUUUUUGUGAUAUGAAAUGCUUGUGCAAUAAGUGGAUUGGGAAGAGUUUAUUUUUGGAUCAUGUCUCAUUUGCCGAGUAUGUUGUUAAGUGCCAAAUGUGGUUGUGUUCUAUUGUAACGUUAACAUUUUAAACUUCCUGGUUUAAAUCUAAAAUAGCACUUCACUUUACCUCAGCGCAAUCAACUGCCUUUACACCUGCACAUAGUACCACAAGCAGCGAUCUUGGACAAAACUUCUCUUACCCGGUGCUGUAACGCAGUGCCCAUCUAUGUUUUAAGACGUAUUGCGACCACUACAGGCCGCAUUACAGCUGAAGAAAUGUGCAAAGAUUUCCACCAAAAACACAGCUUCAUAGGAAAUUCAGAGUUUGUUUACUACCUUGAAUACUUUUUGCUCGUUGUCCGUUCCCGUAGGUUAAAGGCGGCUCAGACUAAACUGUAACGCGCAUUUUAUUUGUCGCUAACUUACUACAUGUGCAUACCAAAUUUCUGGCUGUAUAUUUAGCUUUGCUGAGCGUCCUCUAAGUUUUGUAAUGAUCUGGCUAUGAUCCUUCAGUUUUCGAGGAUAUAUAACCUAGCCUAACCUUUCUCUGACCAUGAAUUAAGACUGUUGAUUACCUCGUUUCAUAGUGAAUACCAAACGGUAACAAUCACAGUCGAUCACUGGGUCUUUUUUAAGUCCAUUGCAUGUACAUUAAAGACCAUCUACAGUUGAACUAACUGACUUGCUGCUUGCCCGGAUUGUACAUAAUAAUUCAACGAAGUACCUUGGAGGGUUCCUGGUGCUCCAAAGCGAAGGUGUUUUUGUCAAGUCAAUUGGUUUUUGGUAUCAGAAGCAUCAAUUAUUUCUAUACCCUGUAGCAGCCAUUGUAUGAUAACUGGAAAGCUUUUCAUAAUCAAAGAAGCAAAGACACUGCAUGUGAUUGUUUAAUUUAGUCACCUGGCAAGUUUUGACCCUCUGAACAAGUCAUCCAAAAGGCUCUUUUAUGUAGCUGCCUUUAUUGGGGAUUUUAGGAUUUCCAUGACUUGGAUAAAUCUACACCAACACAUCCAAUAUGUUCUGAGGUUGGGAAUCUCCAUUUAGAGGCAUCAGUGGGGCUCAUUUUCUAAGCUAAGCAGUAGGCGGCAAUCAUUCUCUGAGGAGGUAGAGGCCAACACGACUGGACAUUGUCAUUAUCAGAAAUUUUUGGGUUUUUUUUCAGGUCAGGGGGAUCAAAUUAACUGGGGCACCCUCCGUAGAUAAUCACCAAUCGGUAUAUUACCCAGAAUCUUGGCCAUUUUCACCUGUUAAUACACAAGACACCUAAUAAGCCUAAACUGAAAUAUUAUAGGAUUAUGACUAAAUGUUCAAAUCUCUAAUCUUUUUCCAAUACUGACGGACAGAGGACGGGCAUUUAGAAACAGGUGUCAUGGCAUUUUUGCUGUUUUCUUUGGUUAUGGGUACUUGAAAUUUGCAGCUAAUGUAUACCAGACAUCACUUGCACUAAAUCGUUUUGGGGUGGAGAAGGAUCCCUUUUCAUUACAACUGAGAUUCCCUCCCCGUUCAUUCACAAGCAAUACCUGAGUAAGGGUCCAAUCUAUAUAUCCUGCAAGACAGCAAAAGAAAAGGUGAAUUCAAAUGCACGUUAGUUAGAGAUAAUCAGAUUUCCAGACUAAGCACACAACAGAUUGCAAAAAAUUGCAUCUAAAACCUGCUUAGUUAGUUUUUGGAAUGUGGACUCCAGCUAAACAAGCAGAGGCUCUGUAGCACUGUCCAUAGAACAAGUUAGAAAAGCACAAUUUGCUCAACAUGGUCGGUCAGUGUACAAUCACUUUUGAUCAUAAAUUGUAAAUAAUAUUUCAAGAUGUCCUAAGUACAUAUCUUUGUGUAUACAUACAUGUAUAUAAGACAUAUAGCCAGAGACUAUUUGUGGGGUAAAGUUAUUCAUAUUUUCUCUAUCUCGGAUAUAGAUUCCCUGUAUUUUCAUCUUGUUAGUCCUAAAGGCUUUUUUCCUGUGUGUAUGUAUGUGUGUAUGUAUGUCAGAUAUUUUGUGAUUCUUCUUGCUAUUUCAAAGAAAACGUGUUUCAGGGACUGGCUUUAAAGAAACUGACAGAUUUCGGCUUGAAACUCUAAAGGGUCUUACUCAGAGACUCGAGAUUCCAGUGUUUGGAUUCUAAAUGAUUAUGCAAAGCCAUUUUUGACUCUGAAGCUCUGUGUUUUUUUUGUGCACAAGUGAUACUUGACAGUAUGUGCCGAUGUGUACCUUAGUGUGUUUGUAACUGUGCUGCCUUAGUAGAGGUUUUCGAUUAUUGUCUAGUUUUCCUCCAAAAGGGGGGGUUGUGCACUUUAGAGUAUACACAUGACCUAAUAACAGUGCAAUGUCCAAUGGUUGUCCAUGAGUCGAUGUCUUAAAGAAAUCUGCUUAAAAAAACAUGUAACUUUAGCUCUUUGGUCUGAAUGUGUCACGAACCAAGGGUCUGUUGGAAACGAAAGAAUUUAAUUCAAGAUAUUUUUUUCCAGUUUGCCGACAUUGUAAAGCUUCUUGUCUCGACAUAGAGUUGUCUAAAGUCUUCGGUGUUCACCGAAUAGAAUUUCUCGUCUUUCCCAAAAACUGAACUGGUGUGCACACUGACACAGACAACAUCCGAUUUACACAGCGACAACGGAAUCUCACUGUGGUAGUCUUGGAAAGCCGGACACUUUGUUUCUCUCGCUGCUGCUGCUAGACUUGCUUCCUUUGCACGUGCAUGCACUGCCUUGCCUAUCCAGCUUGUUUGAUGUACAUUCUCCUAUCUAUCUAUAUACCUUGAUAUAAACAUAUAUAUAUAAAUACAGUACGUGUAGCUCCUGUAAUUAGCGUUAGUGUCCUAUAUAGCUUAGCCUGUAGAUUAGUGCACUGUCGCUCUGGCCUUUACAUGUGAUCUCUGUGUCUUGGGCUUCUUGUAAAGUUUCUCUGUGCUGCAAGCAUGCUAACCUCGCCUUGCAUUGUAAUCCUCUUUGCGCUUGAUCUGACUUUCUCUAUCUUCUGUCUUUCUGCUUGAAGACUGUCGCUGCUCUGAGUGUUAUAAAUAUAAAUAUAUAUAUACCCGUGUGUGUGCGUGCGUGUGUGUGCGUGUGCGUGUGUGUGAGUGUGUGUCGUCCCUACAGCAUGUCUUUCUGAUCGCUCUUCUCUGCUCUGCACCUGUAUUACCUUUUCUCUCUUUCACUUCUGCUUGGCCUUCUGGUAGCAGUGGAGACGUAUCCUGCCGCUUUCCUUUUGACGUGUCCUGGCUGCCCGCUGUUGUUCUGUUUGUGCGUCUGAGACAGAAUGUUAUCUUGUGUCAUGGUGCCGCAGCUUCCCUGUUUGUGGUUUGUUUUACUAGGCCCUCGGCUUUAUGGGACAGAGGAGAGAUUAAAUACUCAAAGAAGGUAAACAGACCCUAGUUUCUUGCUUAGAAUAUAUACUAUUUAUUAAAAAACAAUUGAAUUCCCUGCUGUAGUAUUCAAACUUUAAAUAAAUAUAGUGCAGUUUCAAAUGAUAUAAUCUGUGAACUGCUUCUCAAGCAUUCAUUUGUCCUGAAUCACAUGUUAUUCCUGGGAUGAAAAAGAAAUAAAUAUUGCCAAAACAAA